GUGAAAUGGGCAAAUCGAAAAGAGCAGUUGUGUUUGGUUUGUGAGGCUGCCAAGAGCGAAAACAGAACGCGGACGAUGAAUAAAAUAUUUGGAUUUUUAUUGUGUGCCCUGUGCCUUGUGUUUGUUCGGCCCACGUCCGGAAAUGGCCAAUCCACGGAAAGGGUCACCAAGGUGACCCCAACAGCAACACCCGAUCCACCAGGCAAACUCCUGGUGGCCAUCCAUUAUGAGACACUGUGCCCGGACAGCGUCUUCUUCAUCCGUCGACGACUAUACGAUGCCCUGGUGGACAACAACUGGUGGCCCGUCACCGAUCUCAAGCUAUAUCCCUUUGGCAAGGCAUCGUUCUACAACAAUACAUCCAAAGGUGAAAUGCAGGUAUUCUGCCAGCAUGGCGAAGAUGAGUGUGAGCUGAAUGCCCUGCAUGCCUGCAUUAUUGAGACCCUGGAUGUUCGGAGGGCCUUCAAUUUGAUAUUUUGCAUGCUGCGAUCCUAUUCGAAUCAAUUGGACGAAUGUGCCAGGAGCAUGCGUCUGGAUGUGAGCAAGGUCAGGGAGUGCAAAAGUUCGCGCAAGACCGCCGAUAUCCUGGCACCCUACGGCAGGGAAACCCUCAAACUGGGACUCUCCUUUGUGCCCAGCAUUGUGUUCGAGAAUGACUUUGAUCCCUACGGGCAGAGCAGCAUUCGCUACCACUUCGACAGGCACUUCUGUAAACAGUAUUUGAAGAAGUUCAACAUUACACUGCCCACUUGUGCCGCAAUCUUAUAAAGUAAAUGCAAUAUGAUGAGUAAUGUUUUUUAAUGUGCCAAAACCAAUAAAUUUUAAUUACACUCCA